UGCUGCCGCUACAGUAUGUCUCUGUUGUAGCCAAAGUAGCUUUUGCUGAACCGAGCCACCGCAGUGCCUGGGACACACUGAGUGGAGGAGAGAGUGGGGGAUUCGGAGGAUGGAUAAGGGGGCUUCAGGGUAAACACCGAAGAGAGAGAGGGAGAGAGAGAGAGGGAGGGAGGAAAUAGUGAGAAAGACCAAAAAUCCACCAAGCCUCCCUGGUGUGAGGUUUCUUGGCUACUGACUUGUGCGCACGACUCUCGUGGCAGGAUGAGUUCGUGCAGCAGCCGUGCGUUGACCAUCCUGUCCACAGUGUUCGGAGCCUGCGGGCUGCUGCUGGUGGGGGUGGCCGUGUCCACCGACUACUGGCUGAUCAUGGUGGAGGGCAUCAUCCUGCAGCAGAACCAAAGCAUGGAGGUGAAGAUGGCACUGCACUCAGGCCUCUGGAGGGUUUGCUUCGUGGCCGGGUCAGAGAAUGGGAGAUGUGUUGCCUCAGAGUAUUUCACUGAACCCGAUAUAGAGAUUACCACUGAAAACACAGCGAAUAUCCUAAAGAUGGUGCGUACGGCCACACCCUUUCCGAUGGUGUCGCUGCUCUUCGUCUUCACCGCCUUCGUCAUCAGUAACAUCGGACACAUCCGGCCUCAGCGCACCAUCCUGGCCUUUGUGUCCGGCAUCUUCUUCAUCCUCUCAGGCCUGAGUCUGGUGGUGGGCCUGGUGCUCUACAUCUCCAGCAUUAAUGACGAGGUGAUGAACCGGCCAAGGGAGCCCGAGCAGUUCUUCAACUACUACUACGGCUGGUCCUUCGCCUUCGCUGCCUCCUCCUUCCUGCUCAAAGAGGGGGCCGGGGUGCUGUCAGUCUACCUGUUUAUGAAGCGUUAUGCUGAGGAGGAGAUGUACCGCCCCCACCCUGCUCUCUAUCAUCCCCGCCUGUCCGACAGCAGUGACUACAGUGGCCAGUUCCUCCACCCAGAAUCCUCCUGGCCCCCGCCAAAGCGCGGCCGCAGCACCUCCGAGGCCUCCAGUGACAUCUCCAUCCAGCUCAACCAGGCGCCACCGGUUCCGUCCAAGAGCAAGCUUCAAACAGGCGCCCAUGGAAGCCCACCCUCUGGCUCCUCCUCUGCAGGGAGCUACCCUCAGUCUGCUGGUUACCCCUCCACACACACACUGCCCAGGUCACACUCCUCACAUCCCCAGGGUCAGGCCCUUCCCAUGCCCCCAUCACCUGUGCCUCCUCCUCACUAUCAUGCACACAUGCAGAUGAGCGCCUCCCCCUGUUAGGAAGAGAGCGCACUGUGGAGGUAAGGAGAGACACAGACUCCUCAUAUUCAUGUAUGCUGUACAUUUAGAUGUGGAACAGACUAAACACUGAGCUUGGAUCAUUUGAGAUGAAGAGGCGAGAAAAUGUAGCUUUAGAACAACCUGAAGACAAAAGAGAUUGCACAGAUUGAAAAGGAAGAUUUUACAGAAAGGGGCGAUGAAUGAAUCGAGGAAUUCAGAUUUUCAUGAAGGAAAAAGAGACAAAAGACGGUAGAGGUGAGGUUGAGCGACAGAGGAGAUGCAGGAGAGGCAGAGCGAGGCAGGGAGAGAGAGCGAGGAGCUGCAGUAAAAUACGAAGAUGCUGCAGUGCUGCGGGAAAUUUGUAUGCACUUGGAAAUGUACAAUGUAAAGCACUGAUCACAGAGACUGAGGAUGCACAUAGUUUUAUACAUACGUAAUUCAUAAAAGUAAGCGGACUGCGAGCCUUUUUUCUAAAAGGUAAAUAUGAAUAAUAUAUUCUUGUCUUCUAUGAAUUUCUUACAUCAUCAAUCCAGUUUCAUGACUCACAAUGUCAAAGCAGUAUCAUAAUAUUAUUAUAAAUCAAAAGAUAUUUAUUACAAUAUAGAGUAAUUCUGACAUGAGAACACUAUAUGUGAACGAUGUUGACGUUUGUAAACAGAACACAGAAGUGGAUGGUUUAAAAAAUAUCAGGAGGACAAAACUUUAGGUUUUUACAUAUAUGUUUGAGAUACAAAGUUGUGACUUCUUGAACAUUAAAGUGCACAUGAGGACGCCCAUACAGAUGUUGUAAAUUAUAAAUAAAGCUUUGACCGAAGUCACACCUGGAGGAUAUCUGACUCAUUCUGCUUCGGACAAAGACGAGCUACAGUCCACAUCAGAUACUGUACACAUCAGGCUGGUUUCACACAGGGACCACUCCACAGUGACACAGGGGUCUAAUGCCCUCUACUGGUCACUGCUCUGCACUGACCCUGGACCAGAUGUGGGUCUAGUUCACCACUGGAGCUGCUGUUUGUCCAGAUGUGGAGUUGCAGUAAAUGUCAUGGGGCAAUGAGACGUUUUGAGCAUGUGACAGAGACAUGUGUGUUUUACAGAGCAGUUCAAAGUAUUUUUUAAACUUCAAACGCUGUGUAUAUAUAUAUCUGGAAAACUCACAUGAUAAAAGUAUAAAUACAAUUUUCUCUCACUGCUCAUAGGACGAUACCACUGUCUGUGACAUGCAGGUCCUCUAGCUUUAACAUUUCACAGACAAAGUAAUGGCCACUACUUUAUCCCAACAUAUUUGAUUGAAUGCAUCAUACCAUAUAUUCUUAGAGGGUAAAAAUAAAUGGCAGUGAUGAAAAUGUGAUCCUGAGUGUUUAGGACCGCAGCCUUUGAUUGUCUUUGUAAAGAGCCAAUUUAUUAUUUUGUUGGCCCCCGUUGAAUAUUUAGAACGUGAUAUAAACAUUUAAUAAAUCAUCUGUAACAUAAGCAGAAGUGGUUCAUAUUCACAUAUUUGUCAACAUCUGUAACUCUGUUGGCAGGAGGCUGGUGAACAAACAGAUAAUGAAUGACAAUACAAUAAACAGUUUGAUAGCACGUAACGCUUGAAGCUAUAAUUGUUAAAUACUGUGUGUUAAUUGAUUAUUAAUUAGUAAUUUACUGAAAAAAAAUGGCAAAAAAAUAUCUUUAAAGCUGCUUACAACGACUGCACAAUGUGUUAAGACACUUUUAUUAAAUGUUGGUAUGCUGUAAAACAAUUCAAUAAUUCAACCAAAUUAAUGAUAUUCCUUCAUUUACUUCAUUUACAAAAACUAUUGAUUCAUUAUUUCUAAUCUAAGCUCUGAAUGCAUUACUCUUUUUUUGAAAAGAUAAAAUGGUUCUUCCUUUAUGGUGGCAUUUCCCCCAUACACCACUAGGUAGCAGCCUAAAUCACAGGACAUUACAGAGGCCGUUAGCCUAUAACAUAUGUUGAGCCACCUAUGACAUGUUAUAAAUGCAUUUUAGCAAAACAAGCCUGUAUUCUUUUUUGGUUUUCUAGUAUAUUUAUCUGGAGAAUUGUAGUAAUGCUCUGACAAAGCUGCUCAAACACUCUAUUAUAUAUCAUAUGUAAUAAUAUUCUGCUCAGAAACCGAGGACCUGCAUGUCAGAAACAAUGGUAUUUUAAUUUAGAAUAUUCACAUUUAGUUAAUUAGUUUUUUUAAGGCACAUCAUACAUAUAGAGAUAUGCAGACAUUGGUGUAUCUCUGUAAUGAGAGUCAAACCACAGUGUCAUUGUGUAAUGGUUGGUUUUCAUUAUCACUGUGAUGCUUGAGAGAGGGAAACACACUGACGUCCUGCAGGUGAUGUGUGUGAAGACGUAAAGUGAGCUCUUUAAAAUAUCAUCGUUUUGUUUUGCAGAACUUUGUUAAUCAUGAACAAGUUUUUUUUAAACACCCUCCUGCUUUUUGUUUAUGCGGUUGCACAAAUCCAAACUGAGGUGAAGGCUAGUGUCGCUACAGCUGCUGCUCUUACAGUCAGAGGGUAAAGUGCCUUGCUCAAGGGCAUUUCAGCCGAAGCUGUUGAAGAAGAUCACACUAUAUCCCUUUCUAGAUUUGACCAGCCAUCAGGCAUCGAAAUAUCUGAGUUAGUCCACUCUCUAACCUUUAGACCCCUGACCUCUGUGACUGUGGGCAGCUGAGCAGCAUUUCGGUUGUUCUUUAACACUUAACUUUCCAUUAUAAUGUCAGGAAUUAUUCACUCAUCAUGUGGUGCCUGUUAAACUGCAGCAGUUCUUUUCUUUUUCAUCUCUGUACCUUUGUUUUUCCCUCUCAGCCCCCAGCUCUCUUCUUUCUUUGCCUCCAUAAGGGUGUAGCUGUGCACGUUUCUGCAGAAAGACCAAGUCUUCUUGCACAUGAAAAGAAAAAAUGGAUGAAACCAAUGUUUUUCAAUGCUUCAACGCUGUAUAAUCUGGGUUAUAGACGACAUGAUUCAGUAGAAGUUGUAAU